CGUAACAUCUGGCGGGAAAUGAACCGUCAACUGCUGAUGCUCAAAAUAUUUAUUCACAUUUAGUAGUUUAAGUAUUCAUUAACUAAACAUCGAAAUGUCCGAAAGGCACAUCUUAAGAACUAGAAGUUAUCGAGAAGAACAUGAUAAUCAUUUGCAGAAUGAUAAAUAUGCAGAUUGUGAUCAAGAUAAGUAUGUGAAGGCUGGACACCUAAGCCCGCUCAGAAGUCCAAUUAGAUCGUCUGAUGAAGACCGGGAAAGAAAGCGUUUUCGAAACAUGUCAAACAGAAGUGAAAGAAGACACUUUAAGAAGCCAUUAGAACCAGCUCCAUCUUGUUUUGAUGAAAAUGAUUUCCCACCCCUUCGAUCUGCACACACAUGCACACCUGAACCACAGCGACCUACUUUUGAACGCUCAUCAUCAUGGGUGGACCAGAUGGAUGAGUAUGAGACCAAGCUCGGUGUAGAGAGACAGCAGUUGCGAAGGUAUCGAAGACGACUUGAAAUGAACCCAAGGAAAAUGCGAGAUGGGCAGGAAAUAGAGACUGAUGAACAGGUAUUGAUGCGGAAACAGAAGCAACUAGACUACGGGAAAAAUACACUGGGUUAUGACCGCUACAUUAGCCUUGUACAGAAAAGCAAGAGACAGCAGGGUCACCCUAAAACUCCUGACAAGUACAUAAAAUCGAGUCGGCGAUCAUGGGACGAUCAAGUUCGCAGAUGGAGACGACAACUUCACUCAUGGGAUCCGCCAAACGCAUGCAGUAGAAAGCAUAAAAACAGCACUGACGUGUCCGCUGAAUGCUCAUCCGAAGGAUCCCAGGAGAGUUCACUGGAAACCGACAGCCAUAGUACGUGUGAUUUUGCCUCAGACACCAGCUCCGACAUGUCGGCGGCAACGCUGUCGGCUUCUCCUGCCAACAGCAUGCUGUCUGCAAGUGUCAGCGAAAACUUCACAGUGCUUAACCCCAAGGAGGAAAGUGACAGUCGCAUGAUGGAUGAAAGCUGUCCGAUGAAAACAUCUUCCACGAUCGAGGAGGAUGGACAGGAAAUGUUCAGUGAAUUCAAUUUGGAUGACUGUUUGAAGGAUAUUAACGAACUUGAUAAAUGGGAAUAGCAAAAAAUGCAGAGCGUACUUGUGUAGUGUACACCAAAACAUUAUUUAAUCUAAAUAACUGAUAUACUUUGUUGCCUGAGUGUACCCUUUUUUCCUUAGUGUAAUGUAGAAAUUCAGUGCUUUUUAGAAACAUGUCUACACAGAUUUCUGCAGUUUGAUUUGGUUUUCUGUUUGUUUAUGACUUACGUAUAAUGAAUGAAAAGUAGUUGUCUUUUUACACACUAUGAGGCCAAUAUCAGGACAGAUUCAGAUUUACUGUUUUUUUGGCAGGCGAGACACAAAAGUUACGAAACCUGUUCUGUUUUGUUUAUACGUGAUGUUAGUGCUAUUAAUAAAAGGCUGCCUGAACGGAGAACAGUCAGUGCCAUACUUAAGAACUAGUAAGUGACUAAAUGGUAAAUGCUCAUAGUCAUCAUAUCCCGUUAACAUAAGCAUUGGUUGUAGGAUAAAUGUGACAUACCUACAUUUCAUUAUCAUGAAUGGUAACAAUGCCCUUAAGCUACUCAAUUUUAUUGGAUGGCUUAUGGCUGCCACUUUUUCAUUCCUUUUUCAAAAACUAAUAAAGACAAGAGUGAAGCUGAAAUAAUUGUUUACUGUGGUAUUAGGCAUCUUUAUAGUAAAUAUGCAAGUAACCAGAAUGUUAGUAUACAAGUCGUGGGCAGUUGCAAAGCUCAAUUUUUUAUUAUUUUUUUUUUUUUUUUUUCAAACAAAGCUGAUCUUACUGGGUCAACAACAAAAGAAGAAAAAAUGCAUCAAUUACAGAAUUAUAAUAUAUGGAAGACAUUUUUGAAAAGAAAAAUAUGCUGCAGUUUUCACUGGGUUUGAAAAUGAAUUUAAAAAAAAGGAAUAAAGAUUGUAAUAGAAUUAAGGACAUGGAUACCAGAGCUGUAUAUACAAUCGAUAAAUAUCCCUCUGCACAAAUGACAAAUGUUGGAGGAGAAAUUGGUUCCAUCAUAUUUCUGGCAGCAUGAUUCUAUAUAUAUAUAUAUAUAUAUAUAGAUUUAAGAAAAUACGGUAAUCAUGGAUAGUAUUUUGGUUUAAAUUAUUUAAGUAUUCAACUAUGGGAUGGGUGGGGGGUGUCUGCUGUUUACCCAAUAUUACAUUUGUUAACUGGCUGAUAGCAUUAUAAUAAAUGCAGUAGGGUGGAUGUAUUUCAAACUGGUCUAUAGGGAAAAUAAAUAUAAUAUUGAAUUUUAAUAUCCAAAAGUGUUAGCGAAAAUUAACUUAAGAUAUAAAUAUUUGUAUUGAUACUUAAAAAUUCAAUUUAAUUUCAUACCAUUACCACAAAUAUUUAUUUUUGCUAAAUUGUAUCUAAGAGACUAAUUCAUUGCAUGUUUAUUAAUUUAAAUUCUUAUAAUUAUUCUCGGAUUACAAUAUAUAUAUAUAUAUUUUAUUUAUUUUUUUACUGAAGAAGGAAAAUAAAAUCAUGACCUAACUAAAGAUUAUUGUUAUAUAUUAUCAAUUAUUGUCGAGAUAAAACCAGUUAAUAUUACUCAUGCUCAUUCCUUUUGUCAUCACACUAAUGUUUAAUGUGCCCGACAACAUACAGCAUGCAAGUUUAUAUGCAUAAUUUAUUUUGGAAAUUACAUGGCAAAAUUCUACCAUUUGUUUCAUUUUUUUAAAACUACAAAUUUGAAAAAUGAAAAUGGAAGAAUUUUUAUUUAAAUUUUGCAGUACAAUAUUUUGAUUAAUAAAUGUUUUAUUGGACAAAAACUAUUUUUUGAUAUGUAAAUUUUUACAACUUUUGGUUGCCAUUUUUUGGUUCCAUGGAAACCACAUAAUGUAAGAAAAGUUAUGAAUAAAUUAAUUUUUAUUCACAUUUAUAUUGUAUGUAGUAUUUAAAAAGAAUCGGGUGGAACCCAAAGUGUUUGGUGCAUUAUUCCUGGUAUUCUAAAUUACAGUCCUUUGUUUUUAACAGCAACAGUCUUUUAUCUGUGUAGACUUCGUCAUGACAGAUGAAUGCAUUCUUUGCAUAUCUUUAACAUAGUGAUACGUGGAUGUACCUUGCCCACGUUUUAUGAUUGGGGAAGGAAAUCUGGAUUCUUAAUAACAUCUAUUCAUGUUAAUUAACAUAUGUGGACUUGAUAACAGAAAAAAAUUGUCGGUCGUAGGACCACUGCCUUCAGUGGGCUUAGAUUUGUAUUUGUUCCAUGCAUUCCCAUCUGUAAAUGUACCUAUAGUAUAGUAGAUCUCUUGCUGCUGUUUGGUAGAAGUAGUCUGUUUAACAACAACAUGUUUAUCAAUUUCCUAGCCAAAUGUAAAAAUAAUUGCCAAAUGUGUUUAAAAAUAUGUAACAUCGAUUGUGAAGAGACUAUAAUCAUACUUGAUGUUUGUGGAUAAUAAAUAAUCCCAUCUG